AUGAGCUUCGAGGAACCCAAACGAGACCCAGUUAUAGAAUCGAAUAUCGACUCCACCACCAACAGCGUCUCUGUUGAAGGUGACCAUGAGGUGCCUACCGAUGAGGAAAUGAAAACUUUGCGUCAUGUUUCUGGAAAAAUUCCUCUUAGAUGUUGGUUGGUUGCAGUGGUUGAAUUAGCCGAAAGAUUCAGUUACUAUGGUUUGAGUACCCCUUUCCAAAACUAUAUGCAAAAUGGACCUCAUGGAACUCCUCCUGGUGCUUUAAGUUUGAAAAAUCAAGGUGCAACUGCGUUAUCUUAUUUUUUCCAAUUUUGGUGUUAUGUCACUCCCAUCUUUGGUGCUUGGGUUGCUGAUACGUAUUUGGGAAAAUACAAGGCUAUUUCUGUUUUCGCUGGUAUCUAUGCCGUUGGUUCGUUUCUCAUUUUCGUCACCUCCAUUCCUUCCAUCACCAGUUACAACACCGCUUUGGGAGGUUAUGUCAGUGGUAUUAUCAUUCUUGGUAUCGGUACUGGUGGUAUCAAAUCUAAUGUUUCACCUUUGAUUGCUGACCAAAUUCCAAAGACAAACCCUGUUAUUAAGGUGUUGAAGUCAGGUGAAAGAGUUAUUGAAGAUCCUGCAGUCACAAUUCAAAAUGUGUUCAUGUUCUUCUAUCUUAUGAUCAACACCGGUGCUUUGUCCGUCAUGGCUACCACCGAGUUGGAAUACCACGUUGGAUUCUGGGCUGCUUUCCUUUUGCCAUUUUGUUUCUUUUUCGUGGGUAUUGUUGCAUUGAUUAUUGGAAGAAACAUGUAUGUCAAGGUUCCAGUUUCCGAUAAGGUGAUUUCCAAGGCUUUCAAAUGUACGUGGAUUGCAAUCAAGAACAAAUUCAACUACGAUGCUGCUUUGCCUUCCAGAAACCCUGAGGCUGGUUAUACAUGGACCGACCAUUUUGCUGAGGAAGUUAGAAGAUCCAUUUCUGCUUGUAAAGUGUUUGUGUUUUAUCCAUUCUACUGGGUGGUUUACGGUCAAAUGAUUAGUAAUUUUGUUUCCCAAGCCGGUAUGAUUGAAUUGCAUGGUAUUCCAAAUGAUUUCCUCCAGGUGUUUGACUCGAUUGCCAUUGUCGUUUUCAUUCCAGUGUUUGAAUCCGUCCUUUACCCAUUCAUCAGAAAGUUUACUCCAUUCAGACCCAUCACAAGAAUCUUUUUUGGCUUCAUGGUUGCCUCAUCUUCUAUGGUUUAUGCAGCUGUUUUACAGCAUUACAUCUACAAGGCUGGUCCAUGUUAUGACAAUCCUUUGCAAUGUAAAGGAUUUGUUGGUGUUCCAAACCGUGUCCAUGUGGCGAUUCAAAUUCCUGCUUACGUCUUGAUUGCGUUUUCAGAAAUUUUUGCAUCUGUUACUGGAUUGGAAUAUGCCUACACUAGAGCUCCAGCCAGUAUGAAAUCAUUCAUUACGUCGUUAUUCUUGUUGACCAAUGCCGUUGGUUCAGCCUUGGGUAUUGCCAUCUCAUCUACCUCGGUCAAUCCCAAGUUUGUAUGGAGUUACACUGGUUUGGCCAGUGCCAGUUUCAUUGCUGGAUGUCUCUUUUGGAUCUGUUUCCAACACUACAACAAGAAAGAAGACGAAUGGAACAAGAUGGAAUACGGUAAUAAACAGAACGAGCAGAAUGCCAUUCACCCAGUUGUUUCGUUCCAACACUCGGUCAAAAGUCUUGCUUAA